UACACUAACGUGAAGAAAAGUUUCCCAAGAAUCUCAGGACAGAGAAUGGAGACGGCAGACAGAGAUGAAAUGGUGGAGCUGAUGGUGGAGAUCUACGGUCAUCAGUCUGUGGAGGUGACCAGGGAGGUUUUAAUGAAGAUGAACAGGAGAGAUCUGGUGCAGAGGCUGUCAGACAUCAGCUCAGGAUCUAAAGGGCCUUCAACAAGCUUGGAGCUUGAGGGAUGUGGAAGCACUAUGCAGUUCUCCAGCGACUGGACUAAACUUCAACCGGAAGUUACCCUUACAGAUGCAGAUGAAGCUCCAACUUACAGCCUUCAGUCUGAAGCAGGAAUCUUUGAAUGCAGUGUCUCUGGCUUGCGCUGGGUCUGUAAGGAGAAGGUCAGCUUUAAGUACCAGUUUUGCUCUUGGGAGGGAAUUAUGGAGAGGAUGGAAAGCCUACAAUACAUGCCUGCAGGUCCCCUUAUGGACAUCACAGUCAUUGCUGGGAAGUUAGAUGAAGUGUACCUGCCGCACUGGAUCUGCAUAGAUGGCAACCCUGAAAUAUUAGACAAGUUUGCAGUCCUGCACAUAGAUGACUGUGGAGAUUCUGUGGAAAAAGUGUCUGAGGUCACAUCGUCCCAUGUCAAGCUGUCUGAACCCGUUUUCUCUCUAAAAAUGGUCUUGGUUAAAGUCGGCUUACCAGUGGAAAUACACUGUAAAGUGUUAAUAUACAAGACCAACAUACCAUUCCUCACACUCCAUGUUUACCUGAUCCCACCUGAUCCCGCUGUGAUACAGAAAUUGGACAAGACGGAAGUAUCCUGUGGAAACCAAAGAAUCCUAAAGCAACAUCCAAAGAAUCCCCUGAAAAUGAAUGAUUGGUUCAUCCUUACAGCAUACCUGGACAGUGGAGAAAUGUAUCGUGAUAACUUAGUGCUCAGAUAUGAAAGCUCAGAACCAAAUUUCUUUGACUUGUUCAUGAAGGAUCCAGACACAGAUAUUGUGCUCACACUUACACAAGAAAAUGAUCAUCAACCAGUACAGUGGACCUGUGUAAUUCUAAAAGAUGAAUACCAAAGCAGCACUGGUCCUGUACAAGGGCAACACUUUGUAAAUAAACAUAGAAUCAAGCUGAUCGAGAGAGUGAGCAACAUUGGAACUAUUUUGGAUGAGCUCCUCGACAAGGAUGUCAUCCAACCAGAGAUGUAUGAUAAAAUCAGGGUUCUGCCUACCUGUCAGGAUAAGAUGAGGGAGCUCUACUCUGGUCCCCUGAAUGCCGCUGGAGCCUGCAAAGAUAUCUUCUACAAAAUCCUUGAGGAAAAGGAGCGGUAUCUAGUUGAUGAGCUCAAGGAGAAGAAGUGAUUGUUAUAAUGAAAUCCAUUUUUAGAUCAAACAUACCGUCUACCUGAACAGAAAAGUUUUUUUAUACAAUCACUGUAAUUGUAUAGCAAUAGCAAGCAGGCAUAACAUUAACAUUAAUAUUUCCCCUUUGUUAAAUAGCAAUGGGUAAAUAUUAAUGUUAAUGCUAUAUGUAUAAUCAGAGCUCUUGUAUUUUAUUUUACACUUAAAUUAGUUGAAACUGGUAUGGAGUGUGGUGCCUUUCCUGCCCUGAUCAGUGAGGCUCAUUUUUCAUGAGAUGAGAAAUCAAGUUUUAAACCAGAUUUAUCAAACAAUCAUGUAACAAAUGAAUGAAGGUUCCCAUCAGACAUGUAAUGUUUUUAUCAAGCAAACACCAAAUGAGUGUAAGGAGUCUGUUUUUAACAUAAUUUAUGAAAAUUAAAAUAUGCUUGAUCAUAAAUGAUUAUCCAUAAGUUUAGCAUGUAAAGCAGGUUUGACCUCAUUUAUGCUAAAGAUGCUAAAAUAUGGUUUUAUCUUGUUUCUUGUCUUUUUUAUGCACAAUAAGAAUAGCUUUACUGUUAGAGGGUCAUCCAAAAUGUUUGUAUUUUGAAAUUUAUAUAAAUCAAUAAGAAAAUCUUCUGUUGCUA